AUGGAUGAUAGGAAAAGCAGUAGUACCGAGCUUAAUCUCCAUCUGCUGUUAGUCGACCUCACCAGCAGGUGGUGCAAGCGGUGCAAGUGCGUGUUGACGAAAAGCAGAGCAACAGAUAGAGCUAGUCAUUCAUUUCAUUCAUUAAAACGGAUUUACAUUAAUGGAGCAAGUGACUUUAUCCCUCAAAUCAAUGCGGAAAACUUAAAGAUUCCAUCUGGGCAUACUUGUACAGUAGGACAUACAGUCGCUGCAUCCUGGCAGCAGCAGAGAUAUGCAGGCCAUGGUCACCAUUCAAGCAACUGGGGUUGCCAUGGAGACGAUUGGACCUGGUUAAAAGCAGUGGUGGAAGAUGACCUCAUGCAAGAUCUUCUGCUCUUUCAAUUAGCCCUCCAGCCCUCCCCAUGUCUCAGUCCUGCUCUGAGAGGGGUGGACAAGGCCUUUGUUAGAGGGAAAAGUGUGAACACAGGGCAUUCAGCCUGUAAAGUGUGUGUGUGCCAGAAUCCAUCAAUGACGAACACACAUAGUGACAGCAAUUACCUUUCAGUCCAUUUCGACUUCCCAUGCUUUCUUCACAUCUCCUGGUGGAUUCUUUUGCUGGGAUGCUCUCAUAUAUGCUCUGCUCUGUUCCAAAUGCGAAUGGAUUUCAGCAGUGGCGUGUAAUGCAGUCUUUUAAAAAGUGAUCUGAAAUAAUAAACGAACAAAAUUAUAAACGAAAAAUAUCGAUUUUUAGAUACAUUUCAAUACUGAAAUAUCUGAAACGCUUUAUUGGCUUCGGAUCACGUGUAU